AUGUCUCGUCAGCAGAGUCCCGAUGAUUCUGGCUCCGACGACGUGGAUGCUCCUAUUCGCGACUCGUCUGCCACCACUUUGCAGCCCUUACAGCUAGAGCCUAGCUCAGCCCAUGCCGACGAUGGCAAUCACGAGGAGGCCGAUAUGUGCAGCCCGAAAGAAUUUGCCCGUCGUUUGGAAGUCGAAGCCCAUGAACGCUAUCUCAACGAGCAGAUCCGCAUAGAGCUGGAGACGCAAGAACGCGAGGCUAUGUGGCAUCGCCGAAUGCAAGCCGAGAGUCUCAACAACCCCCAGACUUCCCAAGCACCAUCCCAAACACCGCCUCUCGUCAUCGGCGCACCGCUGGGCAAGAAUCUCACCGUCUUAGAAGCCGCGCGCCGCCUCGUCGUUCAAUGGGAAGCAAUCCACGAGUCCACACUGUCGUCAAACCCAGAUGCCGCCGGCCCCAUCCUCGAAGGACUAACACAAGCCCGCACCCAACUCGAUGCCCUCACAGCUCACCAACAACGGCAUCACGGAGAAGAAGACACACACAUUCCUCCCCUAGACCUAGACGAAGACUCAGCAACAACACCCCUAAACUCGCUCCAAGCAUACAAGGACCAAGCCAUCACCUCCAGAGUCAAAUUCCUCACAGACUCCCUCUCAGACUCCUCCUUCCCGCCAGAGCGCGCCAACAUCACCGCCGCAAUCUCCCUCUACCGCGCCUCCCGCAUCCCCUACUCGGCCAACUGGGCCCUCAUCUACGCGGGCCAACUCGUCGACUUUGCGCCAACUUACGCCUCCUUCACUGCCGACCGCGCCGACCGCCUGGCCCGGUAUAGCUGCCUCCACGGCAAAGGGUGGCUCUGGAUCGAGCCGCCCCUGGCCCGCGAUGCUGGCGGCGGCCCCUCACCCUUCUUCUCAGCGCGUAAGAGUACCUUUCUCCCGGAGACGGACUCGGCAUACGACAUGGGCCACUAUAGCGUCACCAUGUCGUUCCGCAGGAUGAAGUCCCUCGCGUACUGUGGCGCGGAGCCGCUGCUGAGGAGCAUGGCCGUGUCCAAGAAGAGGAAGCACGAGGAGCGUAACGACAACGACGAAGAAGCGGUGAUGGUGAACUUGAAAGACUGGCCAGUCGUCGCCGAAAACCAAGAAUACGACGACCUCGACGCCGCUUCAGACUCGGACCUGCCGCGCUUCCCUCCUCGCUGUGUCAGAAGGCCCAAAUCGCCCGCGCCAUCCUCCUCCUCCUCCUCCUCCUCCUAUCGGGCAGGUAUAAAACCCCCAUCCGCCCUCCGCCGCAACCGCCCCUCGCGCCACCCACACAUGGCCCGCGACCCGUCCGCGCCAACCCUCCACUUCCGCACCCUCCUCGACAGCGGCGCCACCUUGCCGAUGCUCUACAACCGCGACGCCCGCGCUCUGGGCAGCGAGCGCGGCUCCUACGCCGCAGUCUCCCGCAUCUCGAUUGAGACGGCCUCGGACACGGUGGCGACCUGGCUGUACGAGAUGGAAGUCGCCGUCGUGGACACGGUCACAUGCGAGCCCCUCGUCUCAGCGUCGUCGCCCGUCUGGCCGGCGGAGCAGCCUAUGCUCGGGGGUAUCACGCUGGUGAUGGUGCGCGGUUCACCCAAGGCCGGGUCGUUCACGUCGCCGAACGGGGAGGCGGGAGCGGUAGCCGAGACUAGCGAAGCCGGCAAGACGACGUUUCUGGAAAAGGCGACGAGUUUGGUUGAUAUCGCCGAGGGCCGCGAUUACGGCCGGCUUUCUGGGCUUUUGCCGUUUAAAGUGUGUUAUGUGCAGAGUACGCCUGGUCUGCGGACGAUUUGGAUGGGCGAGGACCGGCGCGAUGUCUUGGGUGCGCAUCGGAUGCCUGGGCAGAUGCGGUGGGCCCCAGGGACGGGGAAGGUGUGCGACCCGGGUCAUCCAAGGGAGGUGUGGAAGACGGUCUGUCGAGAUGAUGAGGGGAGGCCCGCGGUGCUUCGUAUGGAACAUGAGGAGGCGGUGGUGGUCUCUGGUUAUGGGGAGAAAGGGGCGAGUUUGGUUGAUGUUGAGGAGAAAGGGUGGAAGGGACGGAGUGAGGUUACAGUCACGGAUAAGAAGGGCGUCAGGGUGAGGCAUGUCAUUGAGCCUAGGACAUUGGAUUCGCAGCGAGAGAAGCAACACGAAUACAAACAUCUCGACCGCAUCAAGUCCAAACCUCUCACCUCCAAGUUCCAAGAUGACAUGUGA